CACUUUUACCCUCUUCAACGACUUCACUUCACAUAGACGUUCUUCACCAAUUUCCCCCUUUUCUCUCUCUCUCUCUCUCCGGAGAGAGAAAACCCACCGGCGACCGCCAUUUCCGACCAACCAUGCUCUUGAAGCCCUCCAACACCGUUGCCGUCGUAUUCAUGCUCGCUUUCGCAUUAUUCAUCAUCUUCUUCACUGGCUUCCUCGAAUUUCCACCAGCAUCCACUUCCAUCGUACCGCCCACCGACGAUCUGAAUCUCUCCGCACCCCAAUUCGCUUCCGACCCUUUCACUGAUUUGAUCAUCGCCUUCAAGAAAUGGGAUUCUCAGGUGGGUUGUGAUCGGUUCCGGGAGAAAAUUAGCGGCGGUUUGAGCAAUGGGUCUUCGUCAGUUUCGCUGCAGCAAGUCGGCGGCGACUCUAAUUCGGAAUGUGGGGGGCUGAAACUGAAUCAUGUUGCUGUUUUGGUGAAAGGAUGGACUUGGAUUCCUGAUAAUUUAGACAAUUUGUAUUCGUGUUCUUGUGGAUUGAGCUGUCUUUGGACUAAAUCUUCUGUUCUUGCCGAUAAACCUGACGCCUUGUUAUUCGAAACCAGUACGCCUCCGCGGCAGAGGCACAGAGGAGAUCCGCUUCGCAUAUAUAUGGAUCUCGAGGCUGGUCGGAAGCGCUCAGGUUUGGAGGAUCUAUUUGUUAGUUAUCAUGCAGACGAUGAUGUUCAGUCAACUUAUGCAGGAGCACUCUUUCACAAUGGUCGAAACUAUCACGUAUCUUCUAAAAAAAACAAUGAUACACUCAUUUAUUGGUCGUCGUCUCGUUGUCUUCCCCAAAGAAAUCAGCUUGCUAAGAAGCUUCUAAGUUUGCUGCCUCAUCAUUCAUUUGGCAAGUGCUUGAACAACGUAGGUGGACUCGAUAUGGCCCUUUCGAUGUACCCUGAAUGUGCAAAUGAUGGCAGUGUCACCCCAAAAUGGUGGGAUCACUUGCAUUGUGCAAUGUCUCACUACAAAUUCGUUCUCGCAAUUGAAAACACAAUGACUGAGAGUUACGUAACAGAGAAGCUAUUUUAUGCGCUAGACUCUGGUUCGGUUCCGAUCUAUUUUGGUGCCCCUAAUGUUUGGGACUUUGUUCCUCCACAUUCUAUAAUUGAUGGAUCUAAAUUCAGCUCCUUGGAAGAGUUAGCUUCUUAUGUAAAGCGACUUGCGGAUGAUCCAGUAGCUUAUGCCGAGUACCAUGCUUGGAGACGAUGCCGUGCAUUGGGUAACUAUAGAAGGACCCGAGCUGCAAGCCUCGACACGCUGCCAUGCCGUGUGUGUGAUGCUGUGAGCAGAAGGGGUGGUAGAAAUGGCUGAGCUCAUCCAGUUUCUUUUUUUUGGUUUCCAUUGUUAUACUGUUGUUUAUCAAUGUGAAUUGGAAUCUCCAUUUCUAAUUGCCUUUGUUUUUGUUGUCACCAGUAGACAGGGGAAUGAGUUGCUGUAUAAGGAAAUUAGUGUAGGUAGAAAGAUCAUAAAUGAUGAGAGAAAAAUGUAUUUGAUUUAUGUUAUAUUACACACUUUAGAAAAAAUUUAUAAUU